CAAGUGCAUGCUACAUGGCGUUCAUUGAUGCCAGCACAUCGGCUGUCUUAUCUGAGGCAUUGAUCGCGUGCGCGGCCGUGGCAAAUAUGAAACCAAUCCCUCCGCAAUUCUAUAAUUCAAUUUCCAUUUCAAUCUUAGAUGUCAAAGUAUUUGUGUUUUGUUGGUUCAUCUGUAGAGAUGCCAGCUGCGCCGGGCCUCAUCACUGAUGGCGAUGCGGUCGAGGAUCAGCGUGCCGACUCCGACGUCACGACUGUAUCCUACCUAUCUUUACCACACAAGGUCUGCUAUCGCUUCCCUUUUCAGAUGGCCCAGAUUAACCGCAGCAUUAUAGCCUCAAUUAUUUCUGCUCAUGCUGAUUCGCAUGACCGAAUCCCUGACUUCGUCGUCCAUCCAAUCGUACCUCUAUUUCCAACUCCAGCACUUCGACCCAUCUGCAUCUCCCGCCACCAUCUCUGCUCAAGCAGGUAUCAUAAUUGGUGCCAAGACCGCUGCACACGUCUGCACCGGGCUGAUAUGGGGUCGAUUAGCAGACUGGGAGUACUGCGGCCGGAAGACCGUCAUUGUCUUUGGACUGCUUGCUUCAUCCAUUUCUAUCCUGGGCUACGGCUUCUCCCGAACAUUUGCCACGGCACUGACAUGGCAACUUCUUGACGGCGUCCUUAACAGCACCGUAUCAAUGGCUCGCUGCGUCACUGCAGAGCUAAAUCCACAAAAACGUCACCGGGCGCGUGCCUUGACGCUACUCCCUCUCUGCACAAACGCUGGCAGUCUAAUCGGUCCUCUGAUCGGCGGCUUUCUCGUCUUUCCUGGAAGAGAGAAUGGCAACAACAGCUUUCUCAGCAAGUUCCCGUACGCCGCGCCGAACAUUGUCAUUGCAGCUUUCCACGCCAUUCUAGCCGUAGCGACCAUUGUCGUCGUUGAAGAAACGCUCCCUCGGACCAAAUAUUCUCACCUGGGCAUCCUCCGAAGGGCCUGGACUAAAUUGGACCGUCGGAGGUUAUCCGAUAGGACAAGCCACGACGAAGUAGUUGAUGAAUCGACGAGUCUCCUUGGCAAUCAAGGGGCCCAGAUCCCUGCCGACUCCCAAUCGAUUGCUUCUGCCCAAGGAUCCGAGCUGACGAGAUUGAAAUUCUCUCAAAUCUGGACAUUCAACGUCGUUGCAACCAUGGCCGCCUACUUCCUCAUCCACGGCCAUACUUGCUCCUUUCCAAGUCUAUGGGCAAUCUUCCUGAGCACUCCGGCUCCCUCAGCCAAGCAGCAAAGUCUCUCUUUUCGAUUCUAUGGAGGCCUCGGGAUGAGCCCGCGCGGCGUAGGUACCGUCAUGUCGAUACAGGGCGCCAUCGGUGUGAUAACUCAAGUGGUUCUGUAUCCUACGCUCAACGACUGGCUCGGAACACUUCGUCUUUUCCGAACGGGGCUCUUGGUCUUUCCAUUUACGUAUUUCAUUGCCCCGUUUCCAGCCCUGGUCAGCUAUUACGCCACCAACCGACCGUCUAAUGCCUCUCCUUAUGCCAUCACUGAACCGUGCGUCUGGAUCUCCGUCGCAUUGGUGCUCUUGCUGUACGUCUGCGGGCGUACCGGAGUAGCUCCAGCCACGACACUGCUCAUUAAUGACUCAACGCCUCACCCUAGCGCGCGAGCGACAAUUCAUACGACUGGAACCAUUGUUAGUAGUCUCAGCCGCUCCAUAUUCCCGCCAACCGCGCUCGGAAUGUUUGCAUAUGGCCUGAGGAUAGGAUUUGUGGAGUUGGGGUUCUGGUUCUUGGCAGGAGUGGCGACACUGGCAUGUUUGGCUAGCAUGUGGGUUGUUGAGGGGGAUAAUGGCAACCAAGCCUAAAGGUUGUAUUAGGGUAAAAGUAGAUGUGUUGGCCAUCUUAGGAAGGUGGUAUCCUUGCCUGUUUUUAGGACCUAUUCUAGGUGCCCGUGUCUCGGGAUUCCCGUGAGCCUCUGGAGAUCGGACAACGACGCUACAUGAGAUGAUUGAGGGACAUUAAUGUACAAUAUUAAUUCGAGGACUAGGAACACUGGACCGUACCCCUGGGUCUUGUCAAUUUCCCCGGAUUUUGGGCUGUGCCACAUCAUUCGACCCACGAUUAGAUUGCUUGUACGUGGACGCUUCCCACGAUACGUGAUAGACGGAACGCGUCCCGUAGUCGUUGCACGUACCAUCGGGAUCGAAGCCGAGAAUGUGAGUGGGACCCUAUCAAGGCCGUAUCGAGCCAAUACACCCG